AGAAGAAGUAUCAGCAGCAACUACAGACAGGAAGAAGAAUAUGGUUGGAGGAGUACCAGAAACCAAGAAAAGGAGAUACAGCUGAUAUUGAGCAAACCGUACAAGCUCUUAUGAAGAGUCUUGAAGAGAAGGAGAGAGAAGCACAAGUUUAUCAUCAACAAUUGGAGCAGAAGGAAAGAGAAGAGGCAAAGAAAGAUCAAAAAAUAAGAAGAUAUCGUCAUCAGCUACAAGAGAAGGAUAGGGAGCAUCAGGUGGUACUGCAGGAGAAGGAUAGGGAGCAUCAGGUGGUACUGCAGGAGAAGGAUAGGGAGCAUCAGGUGGUACUGCAGGAGAAGGAUAGGGAGCUACGUCAGUCUCAAGAGGCAGUUCGUAGGUACCAGCAACAAGCACUUACUGAUGAUCACUGGGUUAUUAAUAAAGAUGAGGUGACUUUGACAAAAGAGGAGUUAGGAAGAGGAUCUUAUGCUGUCGUUACAGUUGGUAUCUUUAGAGGUUUAAGAGUAGCUGUCAAGUCACUUCAUACUAUCAUCAUCUCAGAUUAAUCUACGUCUCUUCUCCAGGGAAAUGAGUAUAGCAUCACGAGUACGUCAUCCUAACCUGGUCCAGUUUAUUGGUGCAACUAAAGUGGGUAAUCCUCUCGUCUUGACUGAGCUGAUGAGCACUAGUCUUAAUCAGGAGCUUCGCAGAAACCGAUUAACUAAUCAACAGAUUCUGA